AUGCAUUGUGUGAGCAGAUUUCGCAUUAAAUUCGAGGAGAGAUUUGAUGAGCUCGGUAUGUUCUUUGAAUUUCAGCCGUUGGACAACUUCACCUACGGGAUUUGGGAGAAUCCAUUCGCUUUAAUGCACCAAAUGGAUCGUCAUAUCCAGGAUAUCCGAGAGAGAAUGGGCUCAAUGGAUGUUCCGUCGACCGGUUCAGUGAGUGACUUUUUAAAGGACGCCUACGAAAUAGGUGAGGAUGGCAAGGUACAUUUCAAGGUACGAUUCGAUGCACAAGGUUUCGCCCCUCAGGACAUCAAUGUGACGUCGAGUGAGAACCGUGUGACGGUACACGCGAAGAAGGAGACAACGACCGAUGGUGGGAAGUGUAGUCGGGAGUUCUGUCGUAUGGUGCAGCUGCCGAAGAGUAUUGAUGAUGGUCAACUGAAAUGUCGCAUGACAGAUGAUGGUGUUUUGAUGUUGGAGGCUCCAGUGAAGGUUGAUCAGAACCAGUCGUUGACGCUGAACGAGUCUGGUCAGGUGGGUGUUCGACCGAAAUCGGACAAUCAGAUUAAGGCAGUUCCUGCGUCUCAAGCACUUGUUGCAAAAGGUGUUCAUGGUCUAUCGUAUGUGGAUGAUGGUUCAGGUGGCAAGCGAUUGCAUGUUGAGGUUCCAGUGGACCCAGUGUACAAGCCUGAAGACUUGUGUGUGAAUGUUGAUUCGAAUCGUGUUGUGGUUAGUGGACGUCAUCAUAAGCAGAAGAGUGGUCAAUAUGGAAAGUCAAGUUCAUUUGCAGAGUUCAGCCAGUCGUAUGCGAUUCCCGAGACAGUUGAUCCGUUAUCUGUUUCUGCUCAGGUAGUUGGCAAUACAUUGGUAUUGGAGGCGCCAUUGGAGAAGCAACAUGCAAUUACUCACUAG